AUGCGUUCAUUCGAGAUCAGAUCCCUCGCCAUCUUGGCCUCCUCUUUGCUGGUCAAAGAAGCAUUCGCUGCCCCCAUCUACGAAACCGAAAUUCAAAUCGUCACGGAAGAAAUCACCGUCACCAGGGAACUCGACGGUACAUACGAGACUGGUCUUCCUCAUGCUGUGGGAACUUACACUCAACAUGUAUCCGAGGUUUCCUCUUCUUCCUCGGCUGUCUCUAUCUCGGUCCCAUCUACUUCGACAACAGCAGCAGUAACAAGUAUCGUGGUUGUUCCUACCACUUCUUCCACUAGUCAUGUGGCUCCAACUACUUCCGCGGUGGUGGUUUCGAGCUCUGCUGUUGUAGUUUCUAGCUCUACAAAAACUUCUUCCCCUUCUUCGGUUGUGGUCGUCUCUAGCUCUGCUAAGGCCUCUUCCACUUCUUCGGCUUCAGUCGUCAAGAUCUCAACCGAAGCAGCAGCAGCAGUUUUCGUUCAAACCAAAGCAGCCACUACAACUGCCAAACCCACCACCCUCGCUACCUCCACUGCAGUCAAAGCCUCUCCCGUUGUCGCAGUCUCAUCAAGCUCCUCCUCCUCUGGCAAACGUGGCGUCGCCUACAACACCGCCAACUACGUGGGCCAAUUCACCGGCUCCUCUAAAGUCUCCUGGGCCUACAACUGGGGCAGUGCAUCCGACGGUCUCUCUGCCUCCGGCAUCGAAUUUGUUCCUCUCCUCUGGGGCAUGAAGAGUAGCUUUACCGGUGCCUGGUCCGCCGCCGCCAGCAGCGCCAUCGCCUCUGGCUCUCAACAUCUCAUGUCCUUCAACGAACCCGAUCUAAGUACGCAAGCCAAUCUCGGCUAUGCGGACGCAGCUGCCGGAUACAAGACAUACAUGCAACCCUUUGCCGGCAAAGCCAAGCUCGGCGCUCCAGCCGUCACCAACGGUGCGUCCCCCAUGGGACUCACAUGGUUGAAAUCCUUCAUGUCUGCAUGCACCGACUGCACCAUCGAUUUCGUCUGUAUCCACUGGUAUGAUUCCGCGUCCAACGUCGCUUAUUUCAAGAGUUACGUGCAGGAUGCGUAUACGGCUGGAGGCAACAAACCGCUCUGGAUCACGGAGUUUCAGGCAAGUGGCACUACAGACGAACAGAAUGCGUUUUUGAAGGAGGUGCUUCCUUGGUUGGAUGCCUCGACUAUGGUGGAUAGAUAUGCGUGGUUUAUGGCGAGUACGGAUGCCGGUGGAUUGAUGAGUUCGUCGUCGGCGUUGAGUACGCUGGGGAAUACCUUUAAGACUACUUAG